AGGGAGAUGGAUCACACUGUGGUGGGAGCUCAGAGCCCAGAAUAAUCACACUGUUUAUGCAACUUUUGUAAUAUUUCUCAGUUUUGAUUACAAAUUCAGGACAGGGGAACCAUGAUUAUAACCUUCCUUUCAGCUAGUCUCUGCAUUUUCCUAGUUGUAGUACUGGUACGGUUCUUGCAGACGGUAUGGUGGACCCCAAUUCGAAUUCAACACAUCAUGGCUUCACAAGGAAUCAAAGGCCCUACUUACAAAUUCCUCCACGGGAAUACAAAGGAGAUAGUCCGAAUGAGAGGCAAAUCCAUCAGCACUCCAUUGGACAACACAUCUCAUCCUAUUUUCGCAAGAAUUAUGCCCGAUAUUCAUGCCUGGAGGAAGCUAUAUGGAAAAAAUUAUCUAAACUGGCAAGGUCCUCAAGCCCAAUUAGUUGUCACUGAUCCUGAGUCAGUUAAAGAGAUAAUGAACAAUAAAGAUGGAGCAUAUCAUAAAGGAAGGCCGGAUCGAUUCUUGAAGAAGUUACUAGGAGAUGGGAUCGUGGUAACAGAAGGAGAAAAAUGGACGAAGCUACGCAAAAUAGCCAACCAUGCUUUUUAUGCUGAGAGCUUGAAGGGGAUGGUUCCAGCAAUGAUUGCGAGUGUGGAAACAAUGCUAGAAAGAUGGAGGCAAUGUGAAGGAAAGGAGAUCGAGGUAAACCAAGAGUCUAGGCUCUUGUCAUCAGAAGUUAUUUCCCGAACAGCUUUUGGAAGUAGUUACUUGGAAGGCGAGAAGAUCUUCGCCAUGUUGACGGAGAUGGGAACGAUUUCGUCAAGGAAUCGUUUUAAGAUUCGCUUGCAUGGCAUCGGAAAGUUCUUGAAAUCGCGCGAUGAUCUUGAGUCAGAUAAAUUACAGCAAGCAAUUCGAGAAUUAAUUAUAGCGAUGAUCAACAAGCGGGAAGAGAAAAUGAUGAGAGGAGAAGAAAAUAACUAUGGGAGUGAUUUUCUCGGAUCACUUAUAAAGGCUAGUCACGAUCCUGAUGAGAAAAAUAGAAUUUCAGUUGACGAAAUGGUAGAUGAGUGCAAUACGUUCUACCUGGCUGGACAAGAAACAACAAAUGCGUUCUUAGCUUGGUGCCUUUUGCUUCUGGCAAUUCACACAGAUUGGCAAGAGAAGGCUAGAAAGGAAGUGUUUGAAUUGUUUGGCCAACAGAACCCAAAUGCAGAGGGUAUUGCAAGAUUAAAGAUUAUGAGUAUGAUCCUAAAUGAAACAUUGAGGCUAUAUCCACCCGUGACCAGUAUGUUUAAAAGACUUGAAGGGGAAGUCAGAUUGGGGAAAAUGAUUAUUCCAGCCAAUGCACACGUGGUGAUUCCAGUCCUAGCACUCCAGCAUGACCCUGAGAUAUGGGGGCAAGAUGUUGACCUCUUCAAGCCAGAGAGAUUCGCAGACGGAGUGGCUAAAGCAACAAAUAACAACAUUGCGGGAUACUUUCCCUUCGGUUUCGGUCCUCGAAUAUGCGUGGGCUCAAAUUUUGCACUCAACCAGGGCAAGAUAGCACUCUCAAUGAUUCUGCAGCGUUAUAGGCUCACGGUGUCCCCAAGUUACGUUCACAGUCCGAUUUUGAUUCUCUCAAUUUUCCCAGAAAAUGGGAUUCCGGUCGUAUUCAAUAAGUUGUAAUCUUGAAUAGUUGCAUUUCUGUUUCAGGCAUGUUUCCUUGCUUAUGAACUUACGGCCUGUUUGUUAGCUUCAUAAGGAGGGGAUAUGGCUUUGCAUUGGAAUAUUGGAUACUAGAAUAAAGCCCGCGCUAUGCACGAAGUAGAUUUAAGUACCCGAACAAAUAAAAUCUGUUCGUUCACAGAUUUAUUUAGCUAUUCGAAAAAAUUAAUCUAAAAUACUACUUGAAUA